AUGGCAAAUUCAGCCAGAGAACAUCUGCUUUUUGUGCGGCGACGUAAUCCUCAGCUACGGUAUACUCUGAGCCCAGAGAACCUGCAGAGUCUGACAUCUCAGGGCACCAUACCUGAGAACAUGAACUUGCAGCGUGCCAACAGUGACACUGAUCUAGUGACCUCUGACAGCCGCUCUAGUUUGACAGCGAGUAUGUAUGAAUACACCCUGGGGCAAUCUCAGAACCUCAUUAUUUUCUGGGAUAUUAAAGAAGAAGUUGACCCAACAGACUGGAUAGGACUUUAUCAUAUAGAUGAGAAUUCUCCUGCUAAUUUCUGGGAUUCCAAGAACCGGGGAGUGACAGGCACGCAAAAAGGACAAAUCGUAUGGCGAAUUGAACCUGGCCCCUAUUUUAUGGAACCUGAAAUAAAGAUCUGUUUUAAAUACUACCAUGGUAUUAGUGGAGCCCUGCGAGCUACUACCCCAUGUAUCACUGUGAAAAACCCUGCUGUGAUGAUGGGGGCGGAAGGCAUGGAUGAAGGCGCUUCUGCCGCUCAACAAUCUCGGAAACUAGUCAGCUUUGCAUUAUCAGAUAUUAGAGCUGUUGGGCUAAAAAAAGGGAUGUUCUUCAAUCCUGAUCCUUACCUAAAGAUGUCCAUUCAGCCAGGAAAGAAAAGCACGUUUCCUACAUUUGCCCAUCAUGGUCAGGAAAAAAGGUCUACUAUCAUCAGUAACACAACUAAUCCUGUUUGGCACAGAGAGAAAUAUUCUUUUGUUGCACUUCUAACAGACGUCUUGGAAAUUGAAAUUAAAGACAAAUUUGCCAAGAGUCGUCCUAUCAUCAAGCGCUUUCUUGGGAAGUUAACAAUACCAGUCCAGAGACUAUUGGAGAGGCAUGCAAUAGGGGACCAGAUUCUUAGCUAUAACCUUGGCAGAAGGCUCCCAGCUGACCAUGUAAGUGGGUAUCUCCAAUUCAAAGUCGAGAUUACAUCUUCCAUUCAUGAAGAUGCUUCACCAGAAACAGUUGGUACUUUGCUAGGAGUGAACUCUGUGAAUGAAGACUUAGGAAGCCCUUCUGAUGAUGAGGACAUGCCAGCAGGGAACCAUGACACACUUCCAGUUUGUUUAAAUGGCCCAAUCCUUGAGGAAUCUGUUGGAAAUGCAGUCCUUACACAUUCUUUAAGGACUAGUACAACUCUGGAAAUGGACCAGGAAGAGUUAACCUCUACUGCUGCAAGGUCAUCACCUAACAGAGGUCGCCAAGACUCAUUGAAUGACUAUUUGGAUGCAAUAGAACAUAAUAGUCAUCCCAGACCUGGGACAUCUGCCUGCAGUGAGCGUUCACUUGGGGCAUCCCCAAAACUAAGGAGUAGUUUUCCUACCGACACGAGACUUAAUGCUAUGCUUCACAUUGACUCAGAUGAAGAGGAGCAUGAGUUGCAUAAAGAUCUAGAUUUUCAGUCUUCCUUGGAAGAAGAUGGCGGUUUAGUAAUGUUUAAUGGUGCUACAAGGAGUGUUGAAGGAAAUUUUUUAAGUUACUCAUCAUCAAAUCAGAUAAUGCAAGGUCCUGCAGAGGAUGGGAAAGCACCAGCCUUCGAAACUCCUUUGCAGCCCUCUGAUAACCAGCAGGAGACUCUCCAAGGGCUUCCACCAUCAGAGUUUGCAGGAGAAGAAGGUGAAGGCCAGCCAGAUUCUCAGAAUAAUCUGUCGGUAGAAUGGGCUGGCAGCGAAUUGUGUGCCUGUCAGGUGGCUGAGCAGCCUACUAGCAGUGCAGACAUGGGAGCUUCAGACUCUGCCAUUGGUAGUAGAAGAGGUAUGAGUGAAACAGAAUCCCUUGACCAAGGAUCUGAACCUUCCCAGGUAUCCUCAGAAACUGAGCACAGUGAUCCUGCUCGCACAGAAAGUGUCAGUGAGGCCAGUACCAGGCCAGAAGGAGAGAGUGAUGUGGAAGGGGCAGACAGUUCUUGCAAUGAAAGUGUGACUACACGUCUCUCCUCAGUCGAAACUCGGUGUUCUUCUUUUGAAAGUGCCAGAUUUUCUGAGACUCCUGCCUUUUCUUCUCAGGAAGAGGAAGAGGGAGCUUGUGCCACCCAGGUGACCAGAAGUGAGCCUGCUGCAGAAACACAGGACUCUGUGUGCACUCCUGGCUCUUUACCGGCCGUGCGGUUACCCAGCAGUCAAGAGGAGGCUCGUCAGCUAGCUGAAGGAGGGGAAUUACAGGACAGAGAUGAAUCAGAAGAAAUUUGGCAGAGGAGGAGGAGUCUGCAGGCUGCAGCUGCAAGUAGCCAGUGUCAGGAUGAAGAAACUGGAGGUACCCAAGCUGCUUGCGAGGAGGGAGCGACACAAGUUGAAGGCGCUAGUGGAGGUUCCCAAGCCAAUGGCCAUCAGAAUUUGAGGUCACUACCGUCAGUACGUCAGGAUGCUAGCCGAUAUCAGAGAGUGGAUGAGGCUCUGCCACCAAACUGGGAGGCCCGAAUCGACAGCCAUGGGAGGAUAUUCUAUGUGGAUCAUGUAAACAGAACAACAACAUGGCAGCGACCCACAGCUCCUCCAGCCCCACAGAUCCUCCAGAGGUCAAAUUCUAUACAGCAAAUGGAGCAGCUGAAUCGCCGAUAUCAGAGUAUUCGUCGAACGAUGACUAAUGAGAGGCCUGAAGAGCACCCACAUGCCAUUGAUGGAGCUGGAGAGGAUACUGACUUCCAUCAUUCUAAUGCAGAUUUUCGAAGGGAGAAUGUGCUGCCUCAGUCUACCUCCAGAUCCAGGCUUACUUUAUUGCUACAGUCUCCUCCAGUGAAAUUCCUUAUCAGUCCAGAGUUCUUUACAGUGCUGCAUUCUAACCCUAGUGCCUACCGCAUGUUUACAAACAACACGUGUUUGAAGCACAUGAUCACCAAAGUCCGGCGGGACACCCACCAUUUUGAGCGUUACCAGCAUAAUCGAGAUUUGGUGGGCUUCCUCAAUAUGUUUGCUAACAAACAGCUGGAGCUGCCGAGAGGUUGGGAAAUGAAGCAUGACCAUCAGGGCAAGGCUUUUUUUGUUGACCACAAUUCCCGCACCACCACGUUCAUUGACCCACGGCUUCCCUUGCAGAGUAGCAGGCCCACUAGUGCAUUAGUGCAUCGACAGCACUUAACCAGACAGCGCAGCCACAGUGCUGGUGAGGUAGGAGAGGAUGCCCGUCAUUCAGGACCACCAGUUCUACCAAGACCAUCCAGCACGUUUAAUACAGUCAGCAGGGCUCAGUACCAGGACAUGGUUCCAGUGGCCUACAACGACAAGAUUGUCGCAUUUCUGCGACAGCCCAAUAUCUUUGAAAUUCUACAAGAGCGUCAACCAGAUCUUACCAGGAAUCCUUCACUCAGGGAGAAGAUCCAGUUUAUCCGGACAGAGGGAACACCUGGACUAGUGCGUCUAUCCAGUGAUGCAGACCUUGUCAUGUUACUAAGUUUGUUCGAAGAAGAAAUAAUGUCAUACGUGCCGCCACAUGCCUUACUUCAUCCCAGUUAUUGCCAGUCCCCAAGAGGUUCUCCAGUAUCCUCACCUCAGAACUCUCCAGGUACUCAGCGUGCUAAUGCCAGAGCUCCAGCUCCUUAUAAAAGAGAUUUUGAAGCCAAACUGAGGAACUUCUACAGGAAGCUGGAGACUAAAGGAUAUGGACAAGGGCCAGGGAAAUUAAAAUUAAUCAUCAGGAGAGACCACUUGCUGGAAGAUGCCUUCAAUCAGAUUAUGGGUUACUCAAGAAAAGACCUGCAGAGAAAUAAACUCUAUGUCACGUUUGUUGGAGAAGAAGGGUUGGAUUAUAGUGGACCUUCAAGAGAGUUUUUUUUCCUGGUGUCCAGAGAGCUCUUCAAUCCAUAUUAUGGUUUAUUUGAAUAUUCAGCCAAUGAUACCUACACAGUACAAAUAAGUCCCAUGUCUGCUUUUGUAGACAAUCACCAUGAGUGGUUCAGGUUCAGUGGUCGAAUCCUUGGUCUUGCUCUGAUACAUCAGUAUUUGUUAGAUGCCUUCUUUACACGGCCCUUUUAUAAAGCCCUCCUCAGAAUACUCUGUGACCUGAGUGACUUGGAAUACCUUGAUGAGGAGUUCCACCAGAGUUUGCAGUGGAUGAAAGACAACGAUAUACAUGAUAUCCUAGAUCUCACAUUCACUGUAAAUGAAGAAGUUUUUGGGCAGAUCACUGAACGGGAAUUGAAACCAGGGGGUGCCAACAUCCCAGUCACAGAGAAGAACAAAAAAGAAUACAUAGAGAGAAUGGUGAAAUGGAGAAUUGAGAGAGGGGUUGUGCAGCAAACAGAAAGUCUAGUUCGAGGUUUCUACGAGGUUGUUGACGCUAGGCUGGUGUCUGUAUUUGAUGCAAGAGAAUUGGAACUGGUUAUUGCUGGCACGGCAGAAAUUGACUUAAGUGACUGGAGAAACAACACAGAGUAUAGAGGAGGUUACCACGACAAUCACAUUGUAAUUCGGUGGUUCUGGGCUGCUGUAGAAAGAUUCAACAAUGAACAACGGCUAAGGCUAUUACAGUUUGUUACAGGCACAUCCAGCAUACCUUAUGAGGGGUUUGCAUCUCUAAGAGGGAGCAAUGGGCCAAGAAGAUUCUGUGUAGAAAAAUGGGGGAAAAUCACUGCUCUUCCCAGGGCUCAUACAUGUUUCAAUCGUCUUGACCUUCCCCCUUACCCAUCAUUCUCCAUGCUCUGUGAGAAACUGUUGACAGCAGUUGAAGAGACAAGUACCUUUGGACUUGAGUGAUACGCAAACCACAGUGCCCAGCUCUUUGGACGUUUGUGGAUCUGUCCUCUCAAGAAUGAAUGAACAUUUGUAUUGGAUUCUUAGAGGAAAAUUGUUUUACAAUGCAAUUCAAAUAAUGAGAUUUCCAUCAAUGAGUAAAUCUAGCUUUGGAAGCAGUUACAAGCAUUGUGAUAGUGGCGGAGUAAUCUACGGUAAUACUGGAGUGCGCCUGGUGUGCAGGGAAAACUAACAGUCUUGCAAUAAACAGUUUUUCUUGACUGCCAUGUUUGUUAUGGCCCAAGCAAAAGAUGUGACCAUGCAUGAUCAGCAAGGUGGCUACUGCAAAAUCUGAUAAGUAUCUUGAAACUGGAUUUCACCAAAGUCCUUGAAUGUAAAGUUCAAGUCAAAAUGUGAAAUCGUUUAGCCCACCCCUAAAUUAGCUAAAAUCAAACUAUGGAAUUCUUUAUUAAAAAAAAAAAAAGUUUCCUAAAGAUACGUUACUUUAUGCCAUAUACUAUAACAGAAUAUCCAUUACUUGCUAUACCUAAGACUACGAGUCCCUGCAUGGUGUGCAUCAUAGAUUUCAGCUUCCUGGGCCAGAAGUGAAUUUGAAGGAAAAUCAGUAGCAAGGGAUGUCACAACAAUGGCUUGCAAUAAGGAGGUUUGUGAAAAUGUAUAUGCAAGUGACGCUUGUAUGGCAAAUGAUGAGCUAUUAUAAGGAGAACUUAAUAAUGACUGAUUUUAUGCUUUAUACUGCAUGGAAACUGUUUUAAAAAAUAAGUAUCAAUUUACCACAGCAUAUCAGGAAAAAAAACGUACACAGUGACUUCUCUUUAUUUUUAUAGGUUCAUUAUGUUAAGUUCCUCAGAGUGUAAAUAAGAAACUAGCAUACUAAAUGUUA